AAGGAGCAAAUGUGCGGCGGCGGAUAGGCAGGGAGGACAGCCAGUGCGCAAGCACAUCAGCAGCAGCGGCGGCAGAGCAUCUUCCUGAUCUCCCGUGUCUUCAGCUGCCAAUCGUCUGUGCGUUUCUGAUUGAGAUUUCACAGCCGGCUGAAGUGUCCAGAAGCCUCCUCCAACCAUUACCUCCCAACACACACUUUCUCUGGAGCUUGGUUAUUCUUAGCUCAGCUGUGAGAGACUGCCCUUCCGGUCCUUCUCUUAUUUAUCCCAGUUUCUUGAAUAUUUAAUGGAAAAUGGCGAUCUGCGCGCAGUCGUACGGUAUUUUCUGCCUCUUCACAAUCCAAACUGUACUUAUCAUAUGCGUCUCCACGCCGACAGACGGGACUCACCUCUUCCCACAGCACUACACAAUGAUUCACUGGGCGGGACGCAUCGAGAAGGAGCUGGAAAAGGUUCUGCAGCAUGUCACCGGAACUCAGCAGAUGAGAUCGAUUUAUAAUGAGAAGAAGAGCCAGUUUGAAAUCAAGAGAAACAACCCCAAGGACUUGGUGGAGAGAGUGGCACGGGACAUCUCCAAGCUGCUCAACAGUAAGAGGAAAGCCCUAGAGAAACUGGCCAGGGAGGCGGAGCAGCUUCAGAAGGAGCAUGUAUGGCAAGAUGGUGUGACGGAGAAUGACAUUUCAUACUACGAUUCCAAAGCGGAUUCAGACUAUACGGAGGAUGGAGAAGAGGAGAACCCACUGGAAACCUCGACAUCUUUGGAGCUGGAGUUUGUGGACGAUCCCAAUUUUAAAAACAAGGUUAACUACUCUUCCAGUGCGGUCCAGAUUCCUACAGACAUAUACAAAGGCUCCCCAGUCAUCUUAAAUGAGUUAAACUGGACCCAGGCGCUGGAAAGGGUCUUUAUUGAAAACCGUAAGGAGGACAGCUCUCUGCGCUGGCAGGUGUUUGGCAGUGCCACAGGAGUGACUCGAUACUACCCAGCCACUCCAUGGAGGGCACCCAACAAGAUUGACCUGUAUGACGUACGCAGAAGACCUUGGUAUAUCCAAGGUGCAUCGUCUCCAAAGGACAUGGUCAUCAUUGUGGAUGUGAGUGGAAGUGUCAGCGGACUCACUCUGAAACUGAUGAAAACCUCGGUAGUGGAGAUGCUGGACACUCUAUCAGACGACGACUAUGUGAAUGUGGCCAGGUUCAAUGAGAAAGCCGAUGCCGUUGUUCCGUGCUUCAGGACUUUGGUCCAAGCCAACGUUCGGAACAAGAAGAUCUUCAAGGAAGCCGUCAUGCAUAUGCAAGCCAAAGGAACCACAGAUUACAAGUCUGGCUUCACAUUUGCCUUCGAACAGCUUCUCAAUGAGAGCAGUGCCCCGAGGGCCAACUGCAAUAAGAUGAUAAUGAUGUUUACAGAUGGCGGGGAGGAUCGUGCACAGGACAUCUUUGAAAAGUACAACUGGCCCAACAAAACAGUUCGUGUGUUCACCUUCUCUGUUGGCCAGCAUAAUUAUGAUGUCACCCCUUUACAGUGGAUAGCUUGUGCCAAUAAAGGUUACUACUUUGAAAUUCCAUCGAUUGGAGCCAUCAGAAUCAACACCCAGGAGUAUCUGGACGUCCUGGGUCGUCCCAUGGUGCUGGCUGGGAAUAAAGCAAAGCAGGUGCAGUGGACAAACGUGUACCAAGAUGCUCUGGGUUUGGGCCUUGUCAUCACUGGGACGGUGCCGGUCUUCAACUUCACUGUUGACACUGUAAGCUCUCAGAAUCAACUCAUCCUUGGAGUCAUGGGAGUAGAUAUUGCGAUCAACGAAAUCAAAAGAAAGACUCCUACAUACAGACUUGGAGCCAACGGCUAUACCUACGCCAUUGACCCGAAUGGCUACGUACUGCUGCAUCCCAACCUGCGGCCCAAAAUCAUUAACUUCAGGGAGCCCGUCACUCUGGACUUUCUGGAUGCAGAGCUGGAGGACAGCAACAAAGAGGAGAUCCGUCGACAGAUGAUUGAUGGCAAAUCAGGGCAAAGGAAAAUUAAGACGCUCAUUAAGUCAGUUGAUGAGAGGUACAUCGACGAGGCCAUGCGGACGUAUACAUGGACGCCUGUGGAUGGUACAGAUUACAGUCUAGGGUUGGUACUGCCCACAUAUAGUGAGAACCACAUCAAGGCCAACCUGAGUGACCAGAUCCUUCAGGUGCAGUAUUUUGAAUCACUGCUGCCAAACAGUUUUGAGUCUGAAGGACAUGUAUUCAUUGCUCCCAGGGAGUACUGCAAUGAUCUAGAACUGUCCAACAACAACACUGAGUUCCUGCUAAACUUCAUUGCCCUCAUGGAGAAAGUGACACCGGACUCCAAACAAUGUGACAAUUUGCUUCUCCAUAACUUGAUUCUGGACACUGGCAUCAUCAGGCAGCUGGUCGAGAAAGUGUGGAAGAAUAAAGACUUGAAUACAUAUGGCUUUCUGGCCGUGUUUGCUGCAUCAGAUGGAGGUGUAACAAGAGUGUUUCCAAACAAAGCUGCAGAUACCUGGGAAGAAGACCCUGAGCCGUUUAAUGCCAGUUAUUACCGCCGCAGUCUUGACAACAAGGGCUACAUCUUCCGAGCGCCUUAUCGAACAGCCCGGGAUGAGCUGUUGAACCCAGAUAACGACACCAUAGGGAUCCUGGUCAGCACAGCUGUGGAGAUCACAGUAGGAGGGAAGACCAUCAAACCUGCAGUGGUCGGAGUAAAACUAGACCUUGAAGCCUGGACGGAUAAGUUCAAGAUUCUUGCCAGCAACCAUACAGACAACCAUCAAGGCUCGAACACAUGUGGGCCAAACAGAGGCUGUGAAAUGGACUGCGAAGCCAACAGUGAGGAUCUCCUUUGUUAUUUAAUAGAUGAUGGUGGAUUCCUAAUCAUGUCUAAUCAGAAGGAUGACUGGAACAAGGUGGGCAUGUUCUUCAGUGACGUAGAUCCCUACUUGAUGUACGCUCUCUACAACAAUUCCUUCUACAACCGCAAGCAGUCAUUUGACUACCAGUCUGUGUGUGAACGGAUGCCCAACAGUGAAGCCGGAGCUGCACCCAGAGGAGUGUUUGUGCCCACAAUUGCCGAUUUUGUAAACGUGGCUUGGUGGACAUCCGCAGCUGCAUGGUCCUUGUUCCAACAGUUUAUGUAUGGACUGGCUUAUCAUAGCUGGUUCGUUACAGAUGAGGUGGAUGCAGAAGGAAUGGACUCCAAAGAGCGGAGUUGUGUAAUGAUCCAGACCCAGUACUACUUAAGUAAUCUCAGCAACUCCUACAACAUACUGCAAGACUGUGGCAACUGCUCCAGGCUGAUUCAUGCCAAGAAGAUAAACAACACCAACUUGCUGUUUGUGGUGGCAGAGAAGAUGCCAUGCAACACCUGUGAGAUAGAGAAGCUGUCCCAGGAGGAGGAGGAGUUCAAGGAGGAAAAUCCAUGUGAAGAACUGAAUGUGGCACGCUAUCGAAAAGGACCCUCCACCUGCUAUGACAACAACAUCUCUGAGAACACAUCAGACUGUGGACGGGGCCACUCCUUCCGUCCGUCCCUCUACACCUUACUGCUCAUUCAGCUGCUUCUGCUUUAUCCGGCCAUUAGUCCCCACUUUCACUCUCUACUACAUUAAUUAAAUUUUCCCUCCACUUGUCCUCCUUUUAGCCCUCCCGAGCUUCUUUCCCGACCCAAAUGCCUCCAACCCCACCUCCAUGCCCCUAUGCCCUCCCCCCGAUAUAGUCAUAGGUAAUAAUGGGACUUCCCUUCACAGCAAGUUGGAAGUCCUGAGUGUUGCGCUACCCAGCUCGCUUCAGUUUGUGUCGCUUAGUGACAACUGCCGGACGUUCGUGUCCUCAGCCAGUUAGCCUUCAUCUGAAGGAGGAGUGGGUGGUGCUGGACCACCUGUAUCAUAAGAGGCAAUGUCAGAAAAGAGAAAACAACCCCUCCCCUCCCCCCCAUUGACCACCCCACCACCUCCACCAUCCAGAGAAGGGAGGGGAAAAAGGACAGGCCGAUGUCCUUGUUACAGACCUCCCACCUCAUACAGACUGGAGAGUUGAAGUUGUCUGUCCGCCUUCACCUCUGUCCGUUGGACAGACGGUGGGACUUCUCCUUCUUCUUCUCUCCUCCAUCUCAGAGCCUCACCACUCUGUCAUUCGCCUCUCAUAAGAGGCUGUGGGCCAUUCAGCCAGUUAUUGCCACCAUAAAAGAAAACAACAGGAAAAAAAUUAUUGUCAAGUAUUCAAAAUGUCAAGUAUAAACCGCUGAAGUGACGAGUAUUCCAAACAUACAGCAUAUGUAAGUUUGAAUUUGAAAAGGAAGGUGUUAAGUGUUUGUUUAAAAAGACAUUAAUUCAUUUAUGCACUAUAUCUACUUGCCAAAAUGAGAUAGACUUUCAUGUGGUCUUAUUUUUUAUAGCCAAAACACGAGGAAAUGACUUCUGAUUUAGAUUUGGAAUAAACCAUGAGAAGAAGAGGAGACACUCGGAAAUUGAAUGCUGAUUCAUUUGUGUAACGCCUAAUUACAGAUUAAUGCUUUUAAAAAACGUCCACUGGGGAUUAUUGUAAUUACAUGAUGGUAAUCGCAUUUCUUGAAGUACUUUCCUCACAUUUACUAUUUAAGGGUAGUGCUAUCUGGCUUACACACUAGUGACAGCUGUAAAAUGUGAAUCAGUAUUCGGUCACUGCAGAUUCAGAGCAUCGUUGAUGUUGUGUGUUAUUCUCCUUUAUGAUCAAUCAACCAUUCUGACCUCUCGUUUUGGACAGAUGUUAAAAAAAAAAAAUCCCUGUGCUCUGAUGAGAAAGCUCACCUCUGCCAAUCCUCAUGAGGCUUCUCCAGUAGCUUCUACUAACACUCCUAAUCACGAUUUGUAUGUGUGCUUUACUUCUGCUCACACAACAAACACACCGAGAUCUCUGCCUCAUGACCGUCUCAUAGUUGUUCCGGGUGGGUUUUUCUUCUUCUUUUUUUAGGCUUGUAAUACCUUUGACUGAUGCUGUUUAAACUUUAAAACCAUUCGCUGCUGGGGGCUAGGGGCUUAUCAACAUUUCCAACAAAAGUGCAGAAGAGGCAACUAAAUAUGGUGAUCACGUGCAGUAGUAUUCUGGUUGUAAUCCGUCACAGUUCAUCAUUUUGAUCAUUACGAUGUGUGAAAAGUCAUUUAGACUCCCAUGUUUAGGAGCCGCUCUGUUUCAUAGUGCCUUGAUGCACUUUGUUUUGGACCACAUUGGCUGUAUAAGAGUAGAGCUACUGUAUAGUAACUUUAUAAAGCAGCCAUCUUUGAGGCUUUGGAUAACACAGGAGCCUGUGAGACUAGGCUGUCAGCUAUAGAAAUAGCUUUAUACAGAGCCAUCGCUCUGACCGCCUCAGACUUAAUGUAUUUGGCCUCUCGGCUGUGGAUGCUCCAGAGCCACCUGGCUGCCAUAUAUGGAGUUACUAUACCGUUUCUUUACAAAGCCAUGUAUAGAGCUAUGAUACACUAUCAGUAUACAGCGACUUAACUGGCCAUAGAGUGUUUUUAGGGCCACCUGACUGCUAUAGUUCUGCCUGAGUGUGUGUGUGUGUGUCUGUCUGUCUGUCUGUCUGUCUGUCUGUCUGUGUGUGUGUGUGUGUGUGUGUGUGUGUGUGUGUGUGUGUGUGUGUGUGUGUGUGUGUGUGUGUGUGUGUGUUUGCGUUAAUAGCACUUAAAGGGAAUGUCUUAAAAAAUGAGUUGUGCAGUGUUUGAGGGAUGACAGUUGUGGUAGCAUAGCUGGUUUUUCCUGUUCCUAUGUUGCAACUGACACAAUCCAGUGUUGUUGUAGAGGAAGAAAAAAAGGGACUGAAACAAAAAUAAUCCAUCUUUAGCCAUCAGUCUGCCUAAAUGUUACUAUAAGGGAGCAGAGGCGUCCGAAAGAAUGUGUAGUUCAUCAGUGUUUUCUGCUUCAAAUGCAACAUAGUUAACAAAGCCUCUAUAAAUGCCUUAGUGUUACACAGUAUACAGAGCUCUGAUACCUUUCCCUCCCUCAUGUACACUCUCACACAAACAAAUAGAUCCUCAAACAGAUAGAUCAUACUAAAUAGUCACUCCCCUGGGUUUUCUUGGUGUUCUGCAGUAAGUAUAGUGAGCUCAAAUUUUUGCGUCUUGAAAUGAUUCGUUAUUGAUUGAUGCCUGUUUUGAUUAAAUGCUUGAAAGCCAAGUGGGAGUUUUAAAUUUCAAAAAGCCUCCGACCUUUGAUGUCCACAUCCACCCAAACCUCACUGUAUUGGUCAUGUGGGACGACUCACGCAACAAUUGGAACCUUAACUACACACUCUGUACAGUUGUUGGUACUUUUUGAUGUGACAAACAUGCUGGCACAGUAACUGCAGCGCGGCUCCGAACAAAUCUGACUCAGAAAAACAAAAGACUGUUAAAAAAAAAAAUCAUUUAAAAGACGUACUUCCAAUUCGGCUCCAUUCAGUGUUGAGUACCUACUGGGUCAUCUGAUGCCAGAUGCAGUUUUACUUUUCUGGUAUUUGUUUGUCUCUGUUCUGUGCCAUUUAAUUCUGUCUGUAUUUCCCUUUUUCCACUGUCUGUAAAUGAACGCUACACGUGCCUGUGGAAAUGUACCCCCUGCAACUUCCUCUCUUUUCCUGGCUCUAUACGCUUAAAGUCCUCACACCUAAACUAAAUAUGUAGGCCUAUAGUUUUUUGCAACUGCACAUUUGGCACAACACACCUAUAAGCAAACAUGUAAUAACACUUAUUCAUGCCCGGCUGGGAGAUGUCAAGCACCAGGCAGAAGUAAGCCAAGGACGUCACUUCCUAGGGUUUUUUUUUUGGUGAGCGGGUGGAAUAUCAGAGACAAAGUCAGGGAGUGGGUCUCCACAGAGCAGCACGGGCCGUCCAACAGAAGGUCAUGGAGGAAUCAUGUAGUGACGUCUGUGUGUGCAAAAAAAAAAAAAAGUCUUCUGAAGGAAACACACGUCUGAUAUCUGUGGUUUGACAAAUUUACUUUUGCCAAAAAAAAAUAAAAUAAAAAAAAAUAAAAAAUAGAAAAUUGGACCAGCUUGGGGAUGAUGAGAGGGAGGGGGUCAGCUUUAGGACAGGACCCUAAAAUAAGUAGGGGAUGGUUUUCAUAAAGCCUCUUGCCUCCUCCCGUCCCGACCCUCGCUGCAUCUGUGUUGGUGCGUCUCUGUGGGAAAGACGUGUGUAUGUGAUUCUGUAGUCUGGUGCUAUGUGACCAUGUUUGACAAGUGUGUAAAAAAUAUUUAAAAAAAAAUAACAGCAAACAUUUAGAGAAAAAAAGUGUAAAAUCAGUCGAAUUUUAAGUGAAGUUAUAAAAUAUAUAGGAAUACAGCACUGUUGAUAAGUUUGAGAUCUGAAAUCAAAAAUGUUUUGAAAUAUUUUUUGUUUUGUUUUUAUUUCUUGUACGUGUGUGAGUGUGAAUGUUUGUGUGCGUGGAAGAUUUAGCUCCUUCUUUUCUGGGCACUAGUCCAUGUCGCUCCAUUCUUUUGUACAGAUGAAGCUGGAAAAAAAAAAUAAGAAGAGGGCAAAAUUUGUAUAAUAUUGUGUCUGUGACUCCUUGUAAAAUAUUUUCAAAUUGUUUAUUACAGAGAAUCAGUUAUUAAAUAAUGUUCAUAUUUUUCACUUCA